AAUGCGAAGGGACUAUUUUUGACUGAUUCACUGAAUAUUUCUAACAUAAUGAGCACCGGAAAUUAUCAGUCAACCGAUAAUCGUUACAGGGAUGCCGCCGAUGUACCACUCUUUGGUGAUCACCAACAGCCUAGAGACCGUAUGAUUAAUUUGGUUGUAGGAGUAUUCACAAGUAUUGUUGUAGCGGUAACCCUCAUCAGCGCAUUUAUUUUCCCAAGUUUUCCUCCAAAUGGAAUCAAUGUCUUCUUUGCCAUCAUUAUUGUGAUGAUAUGUGGAUCUCAUUUACUUUUGAUUUUCUGGUACAGACAAGGAGAUUUGGAGCCAAAGUUUCGUCGAAUGAUUAUUUACAAUGCCUUUACCAUAAUCCUACUGUGUGUUUGUGGAAAUCUGUAUUUUCAUAACAUUCUGAGGAAACAAAGCUCAUGAUGAAUAUUUUGUUUGGUUUGUUUGUUCGUUUUGUAAGAUACGGUCAGAGGAGUUAAAAUAAAUGCUGUUUAAUGCAGAGAACAUGUAUACACCUAGAGUCUUUAAUUAAAGAUAUGUUUUAUAUAAAGAAAAGGGUUUUCAUGUGUGCCAUAAGUAUAUUUUGUGAUAUUUCAGGUGAAGGUGAGCAAUAUUUAGAUCAUUUUGUAGUAAUCCUUUGGACACCUUUUCAUUUUCAUCUAUGCUGAAGUAUCAGAAGUUGUUUAGAUGCAGCACUUGUAUGUACAAAGCAUGGUUAUUCUGAAAAUAUACCAAGUUGAACGUAUAUACUUCUGUUGAUAUAAAGAUGUGUAGAAAUUAGAUUUAGUUAAGUUGUAGAUUUAAACAUUAUAGCAGUUUUUGAGGCAAAGUUUGUUAUCACACUGUAGUUAAUUUGUUUUGGAUUUUAUUUUCACUUGAUCCUUAUCCUUCUGUAAAAAAAAUAAAUAACACUCAUAAUAUCAUGUGUUACUGUGGAGAUCACUAAUUUUGGUUUAAUUUUCAUUGUUUUCAUGGCGUGAAGAGACCCACAAAUUCAUGUCCAUCAGAAAUGUAAAAUUUCAUGUACAUCACUACUCAACACUUCUCUUACCAUGAAAUCAAAUCCCCACAAAUCAAUAUUGUUCCCUCAAACCUUGAAAAUUUGCCCCCCCCCCCCUUGAAAAUAUGUGAUUUUAUAGUUUACCAUAUAGAGGGUUUCUUUAGCGGCUGUAUAAUUUGGCAUUUUGCAUGCUUAAAGGUAUGCCAAUAAUUUUAGAGGAAUUAUUUUUGGCAGAUCCAAAGUUCCUUAAUUUAUAGCCCUAUAGUUCUAUGAUAAAUACAUUGUAGCAUAAUUUUUAGUCGCUUAACGGAAAAGUUCUUAGGUACCCUAAGUAUAUGUAAAGAAACACAGGAAACAAUAAUUUAGUAUUUCAAUUAGAAUUUCAAAAUCAUUCAUAUUAUGAAUUACCAACGUUUUUCAGUACAUUUAAUUAUGAUUUAUGCAAAAGUUCAAGUAAAACAGAAGAUUAGACUGAUCAAAGUUAUCUUUCUUGCAUUCUGUACUUUUGCACAAGAUUUCAGAUUUAGUGAUUAAAAUUUUAGUGGGCUAAGUACCAAACUGCUAAACUAAGGCAAAGUUAGAUCCCUGCUUUAAAAAUCUUGCUAUGCAGUAUCAUUUGAAAUGUUUAAUUGCUGUUUUAUAUUGUAAAAGAGGAUCCUUAACUUUAUCUUAGGGUUUUGAGAUUAAUAAGUGCUGUAUGAUAUUUGAAUACU